AAACUUAGCUUUUAACCUAACUGGAUCAACCUGACUAGCAACCAGCUGCAUUUGCUCUUUUGUGUUUUUCAUAAGGGGCAUCUCAUACAGGCAACAGGAGAGAGAGUAAUCAGAUAUCAUGCUCACUGUACGCAUAGGCCUUCUUCCAAUCAUAGCAGUGCUUGGAAUCAUUUUCUUUGCUGUUUUCCUCAUAAUGCGGUCUCAAAGCCACACCCUCUCCUGGUAUCCUGAGUUUCCUGGUCCAGAGUGGCUACAAGUGCCUAAUGUACCCAAAGAGACCACCUCCAGACAAAGACCGUGUGGCAUCCCAAAGCCCUGUCCAGAGGGGGACUUCAGCUUUUUAAUCGCCAGUGGAGCUGCUAAUGUGGUUGGACCCAAAAUCUGCAUGGAGGACAAAAUGGUUAUGGGUUAUGUGGAAGAAAAUGUUGGGUAUGGAAUUAACAUUGCUGUUGUGAACGGGAAGACUGGGGAGGGUAUGAAGACAGCAUUUUUUAACAUGUAUGAUGGUGAUAUUGAACCUCUGGUGGAGUUUCUGGAGUCCAUUGAGAAUGGAUCCAUUGUGUUGAUUGCCACCUACGACGACCCAGCUACAAAAUUGAACGAAAAAGCAAGGAAGCUUAUCAGAGAGCUUGGCAGCUCUGCUAUCCAGUCAUUAGGCUUCAGAGACAACUGGGUCUUUGUUGGAGGAAAAGGAGCAGAUGUCGAGAGUACCUUGGAGAAGGUGGCGACAUGCAUCUGUGUGUGCCUGGCAGAUCGUUUGGAUGUCGGUCCACCACUUCAAGCUCAACCUUGAAAAGAUAGAGCUGCUCUUCCCCACGGGGAAGGCCUGUCCACUCAAAGACCUCUCUAUCACGGUUGACAACUCCAUAGUCUCGAACUAUGGCGUGACCAUGGACAACACCCUGUCGUUCUCUGCAAAAAUCAAUGCAGUGAGUCGCUCCUGCAGGUUCAUGCUCUACAACAUCCGUAGAGUACAACCCUACCUCAUACAGGAAGUGGUGCAGGUCCUAAUCCAGACACUUGUCAUCUCCCAUCUGGACUACUGCAAUUUGCUGUUGCCUGGGCUCCCCGCUUGUGCCAUCAAACCCCUGCACCUUAUCCAGGAAGUUGCAGCCUGCCUUGUUUUCAACCUUCCCAAGGCCUCCAAUAUCACCCAGCUCCUCCGGACCCAGCUCCAGCUCAGCUCAGCCUAGUCCAAGCUCUUCUCUGUCCUGACACCCCAAUGAUGGAACCAGCUUCCCCCUGAAGCUAGGACAGCAGAGUCCCUGCCCAUCUUCCAAAAGCACUUGAAACCCUACCUCUUCAAAGAGUAUCUGAAAUAGUCCCCCUCCUCACCUCGAACCCCCCAUUUUUUUUACUUGACUCCACCCCCCCUUCUAGCUUUGACUUUGUUGUUAGCUACUUUGUUGAGGAAAUUAUACUUACUAUGACUGUGAUAUGUGAUUGUCCCACCUAGCUUUCUUAAGAUGAAUGCGCUAACUCGCUUUGGAUAAGCAUGUCUGCUAAAUGACUAAAAUGUGAAUGUAAAUGUUCAGUAUAUAUAAUGUGGGGGGUUUGGGGGGCAAAUGUUUAAAUUGUGUAGUAUUAGCAAUAGUAAAUAAGAGUCUGGUAGCAGCAGUUGUAAUUUGUGUGUGUAGCAUGAAUGUAUAUGUUGUGACGUAUUGAUUAAUGUGACGACUGCUGUUCAUCGAAUGAUUAACUGAUUAUAAUUACGUGAUUCAAUUAAUCAGGUAAUUAUUAACUCAAUAACCUGGGGCACCAUGGGAAAGUUUGGUUUUAUUGAGUUCCUAUUUCCCAAAUUAAAGGAUAUCGGAAUAUUG